GUGUAUACUUACAAUACCACGACAGUUUUAGAUCACCGUUUAAGAGUAGGCUUAAUAUUAUUUGCCAAACGUAAAUUUACAAAUAGUUUUAGAUCACAUUUUAACAGUAUUGGUACUUGAUAAACGGAGAUACAGCGAACUCAGCUCUUAAUAAAACAGAUAAAUCGUCUGUGUAUCUGAUUUCGAAAUACUUCCAAGGAAUGUAAUUCAGCCUCCAGAGGCGGAUAUUUCAAAUAUAAUUCAACCAAACAACAGGUGAAACUAGACAACUGUAUUGGCCAGAAUAGAAGGUGUGUUACCUUACACCCUCAUAGCUCACCCAAACAUAAGGUCAUCAACGUCAGCAGAACCUAUCAUUCAACCGUUAAGAAUGGGGGAAUAUGCAACAGGCUUAGAUGAAAGUUCAAUCGACGAUGAAGAGACGUUAAAACAUGAUUAUGCUAAUAUGGAAGAAUUGGAGGUCGAAUAUGAGGCUAGAGACAAGAUACCCGCUGUCCAUUCGGCUACAAGCAGACCUAUACAUACUCAGGUAUACGACAGCGACUCAGAUAGUGACAAAGCUAACGAUAGUCUCAUUGAAAUAGAUUAUCCAAUUACUCGAAAUGGCGUUGGAGCUAACGCAUCGAGACAGGUCAGUGCUGUUGGAACUAUCCACGAAGAACUUGCAAAUGAAGCACCAGACGGAGGUUGGGGAUGGAUGUGCGUCCUCGGGUGCGCAGGAAUUAAUUUCAUUCUUGGAGGAAUGUGUAAAGCGUUUGGAAUUGUUUAUAUCCAGUUACUUGACAAAUUCGGGGCUUCUGCUGCGGAUACAUCAUGGGUUGGAUCUCUUGGCAAUUCCAACAGUUUUUUGCUCAGUCCACUUGCAAGUAUCUUAAUCAACAGAUUCUCCGUCAGGCCAAUUGUGAUGGUUGGUGGGGUAUUCCUAUGUAUUGGUUUCAUCAUCAGCGCAUACGCUACAUCGCUUCCUCAAAUAUAUCUUGGUUAUGGGUUUAUAUACGGUUUGGGAUCAGCGUUGUGUUUAAUCCCAAGUUACGUAAUAGUUAGCCAAUAUUUCCACACCAAGAAGGCUUUGGCUACGGGGUUGGCAAGCGCUGGUUCUGGUGUAGGUUCCUUCGUACUUCCACUUCUUAUAGACUUCCUCAUACAUAAGUAUGCCUUAACUGGAACAAUGAUAAUAUUAGCGGGGAUAUUUCUCAAUGCAUGUGUUUGUGGUGCCCUCUACAGGCCUGUGGAGUACAACGGUGGGGUGAAGUCGGCUGCUUCAGAUGAAUCGGAUAUUAAUAAAUUCAAAAGUGUCGCAACGUCCGUAAUGGAUCUAGACGAUCUAGAAAAGAAUGCUAUUGCAUUUAGUUCCAUUGAUGAAACAUUAGAAAGGGUCGACAUUGAACCAAAGAAAACACAUCAUGAACGAAGAACAAAACGGUCGAUAUCAGUUGUAUCACGCGAGACAAUAAAGGAAAGUUGUAGAUGUCCAAAUAUGGCAGAAUGUAAAUCUCUCCUUGAUUUAAGUCUUCUGAAAGAGCCAGUGUUUCUUGUAUUCGGAUUUUCGAACUUGUUUGCAAUGCUGGCUCUAGGUCCAGCAUUGAUAUACUUACCGGCUCUAGCUCGAGAACAAGGUGUAGACGAAAGCCAGAGGGCGCUUCUGGUUGCCACAAUUGGGGCUAGCGAUGGAAUUGGGAGGAUUCUCGUUGGAUUCAUUUUCGAUAUACCGUUUAUAAGACAAAAUAGAACAAGGUUCUACAACGCUAAUAUACUUUUAACAGGAAUUCUAUACUUUCUUUGCAUUUUUAUGAAAGACUUUAUUCACUUUGCGCCAUUAUGUGCAGUGAUAGGUAUAUCUAGUGGAACUGUGUUAGCGCAAAGGGCUGUUAUUGCCUCCGAUUUGCUGGGUAUUGAUCGUUUGGCAAGCUCACUCGGUCUUUCUUCACUAUUCUUUGGUGUAGGAGGGGUCAUCGGAUCACCGAUUGCAGGAUUUCUGACUGAUUACUUUGGAACUUACAAAGUAGCAUAUAUAUUUGCGAGUAUAUGUGCUUGUAUCUCGGGCGCUAUUCUCGCAACUGACAUUCUACUCAAAAGAUGGCGUAACAAGCGUCGGUUGAAAGCAUCUAAGCGGCCAUCUUGGAUGGAUCCAGAUUUAUAUAGAUGCAGUAGCAUGGGAAACAUAGCACCAGGGUCUUGAUAAAACUUUUUUAAAUGCUGGUUUUGUAUCAUAGACAAUGCAGAGUUUGUAUUUCUUUCCUUGAUCAGUGUAGGUUCUGACUUGGAGGUUUGGGUACUGUGAAAGUCAUGGACAACGUUGAAAUUAGCUUUUGUGAAUUGAUCUUACGAGGGACAUGAACAAUCAAAUUACAUUAAGAUACAGUAUAUACCAACAUGAUUUUUUAUAUGCUUUCUUUAUUCUCAAAUACGAAAGGCAAAGGAAAUAUGCAAUACAACACAGAGUAGUGUUUUAUGGUACGACCGUAUCUUUUGCUCAUAGUAGUCUCAUAAUAUUAAAAUGUAAAUGGUUUGUUUAGUUAUCUGCGCACGCAACUCAGUAACUGCAGAAAAUAAUCAAAUAUGUCAAAUCCAGCACCUGGACCGUUGCUAUAUUUUUGUGUUCAUUUAUUAAUAUUAUUAUUAUGAUACUAAAUUAUGAAUAUACAUUUUCAGAUAUUAAUACAUCUAUACUACCAAUUAAUAGAGUGUUCGUAUCCAUAUGUGCAAUAUGGUAUAUUAUAUGUAUAAUACCGAAGUACUGUUGAAUGUAUAUUAUGUAUUUUAUACUAUAUUAUGACACUUUUAUGUAGAUAUCUGAAAAUAUUUAAAAACUGAAACCACAACUGGACAUGAUACUAGAGAGGCGAUGUAUACACGUACUCCUAGAUAUUAACUGCACACAGAAUUGAAUGUAAACUAUAUUCGAAAAUAUAAAAAGGGUGAUCAGUAAGUUCUGAUAUCUCUCUCAAUUAUUUGUAUUUCGAUAGAUUCUAUUGAGUUUUCCAUAUCAAGUGCAGCAUGCAAAGUCCUGUUAAUCCAACAAAAUCCAUUUCAUUAGAAUAUAUCGAAAAAUAAAGAAAUAAGAGAUACAUAUGAGAACUAUGUACAAACCUCGUAUAAGAUACUGUCUCAAGAAUCUUUAAACUGAAAUAAUCAUCAUUCAAUUUAGGUGUUAAGAGAGAGUCUAGUAUAGGGGGUUAACUGUAUUCAUGACAUUGAGUUCAAAAUUGUGUUCAUCAUGCAAAAAGUAUCUUUCAGUAGAUCUUUAUACAAGGCAAUCCGUUAUUUCAAACACACAGACACAUUUAAGGAUGUAAAACGAACUGAGACAGACGUGUCAACGAACAAAAGUGGUUUAAAAUGAUGUCAGUUUCUCUGACUAUGUAUGUCUGAAUAUCAAUUUAAAUCGGCCAGUGAACUUUUGGCUUGUAUUUAGAUGAUGACAUAAUGCAUAAUUUAUUGUAAAUAUACUUAAGAUAUAUGAAAUUAAUGUAAAUAAAAGCACUUGAAUAAAAAUAA